AUGUGUCGCCGCUUUGCCAGCAUUCAUUCAUCAACUGCUUUAUUUGAAUCGGUGCUUCCAACCAACUCAUCACUGGAUUCGGGGCACAAUGAAGAGCCGAUAAGCGAUCCAUACCUUCUCCGGCCUGUGACGUAUCCACUUAAUAAAAUAAAAGUGGUAUUACUCGAAAACAUUCACCCUCGUGCCAAGGAAGUCUUUGAGCGCGAAGGUUACAAAGUAGAGACACACAAACCCGCAAUGUCAGGCGAAGAACUUGCACGAAUUGGUGGUGACGCGCAUAUCUUGGGUAUUCGCUCGAAGACACAGCUAGACCCAGACUUUUUUAACACUGUUGGCUGGCAUGAUCAUCGUCUUUGGGCUAUCGGAUGCUUUUGUAUCGGCACUAAUCAAGUGGCUUUAUCUGCUGCUGCGGCCAAGGGCAUUCCUGUCUUCAAUGCGCCAUUUUCAAACACGCGGUCGGUAGCUGAAAAAACAUUAAGUGAGAUCAUUGCAUUGCAUCGCAAGCUCUUUUUACGUUCGACUGAAUUGCAUCAAGGCAUUUGGAUGAAAUCGGCAAGUGGAGCGCAUGAAGUGCGUGGUACAACACUUGGAAUUGUGGGAUACGGACGCAUUGGGUCUCAAGUGUCUGUAUUAGCUGAAUUACUGGGUAUGAAGGUAGUAUUUUUCGACCCUAUUAAGUGUUUGCCACUUGGUAAUGCUCGGCAGGUCGAUACGCUUGAGGAACUCUUAGGUACAGCCGAUGCUGUAACCCUUCACGUACCUGCUACUUCAAGUACCCGAAACAUGAUUAAUCGUGACACAAUCGCUCAAAUGAAAGAUGGUGCUCUUUUGGUCAACAAUGCUCGAGGUUCAGUCAUUGAUAUCAACGCUGCUAGAGAAGCAAUUGAAAGCGGCAAGAUUGCAGGCAUGGCUGUUGAUGUUUUUCCUAAAGAGCCGGCAAAGAAUGGCGAGCCGUUCGAGACACCGUUGCAAGGUCUCCCCAAUGUGAUUCUAACGCCGCAUAUUGGUGGCAGUACCGAAGAGGCUCAAGGCAACAUUGCCGUCGAAGUUGCGACGAAGUUGGUUCAGUACAUUAACGAUGGCUCCACUACAACGUCAACAAACACGCCCGAAAUUGACAUGUUACCGAUUCGUACGAACUCUAUGCGAAUUCUUCACAUGCACCAGAAUGUACCUGGCGUACUUAGCAAGAUCCACUCCGUAUUAUCCGAUUAUGGAAUUAAUGUAACCUCGCAAUAUCUUCAGUCGGAUGCUCGUCAUGGUUACAUUGCAUUAGAAGUGGAAAAGUUCCAUGCUAAAGUUGUCACGCGCGAGCUUGAAAAAAUCAAGGAGACAAUUUUCCUUCGAACGAUUAUAUAA